AUGAUGAACAAGCCAUCUUUGCACAUUAUCAGACAGGAAUUAAUUUUGACAAGUAUGACGAAAACAUUGUCGAAGUGUCAGGACUUGACCCUCCAGCACCAUUUCUGCUAGUAAGACCAGCCAAAGGCCUUCACUGUCCUACAAACAACUUUACUUGAAUGGCAUGAGCAGGUGGAAGAAACCUUUGGGGCUUUUACCUGUAGGAACCUUGGCAGUCUAGAUGACUGGCUUUUGAAGAAGCUAACCUCUGUCAGACUUUAAACAUGAACAUCGCUAAAGCUGGAUACUCUAAACUUACUCCAGUGCAGAAGUACAGCAUUCCUAUUAUACUGGCAGGACGGGAUUUAAUGGCGUGUGCCCAGACAGGAUCAGGAAAAACUGCAGCUUUUCUUCUACCAAUUGUGGCCCACAUGAUGAGAAAUGGUGUAACCGCCAGUAGCUUUAAAGAGCAGCAAGAACCAGAAUGUAUUAUUGUCGCCCCAACUAGAGAACUGAUAAAUCAGAUCUUCCUAGAAGCAAGGAAAUUUGUGUAUGGAACUUGUAUAAGGCCUGUUGUGAUCUAUGGAGGUACACAAACAGGCCAUUCAAUUCGUCAGGUAAUGCAAGGCUGUAAUAUACUAUGUGCCACUCCAGGAAGACUUCUAGACAUCAUUGGAAGAGAGAAGAUUGGUUUGUGUAAUGUGAAAUACUUGGUGCUAGAUGAAGCAGACCGCAUGCUUGAUAUGGGUUUUGGCUUAGAUAUGAAGCAGCUGAUUUCUUACCCAAGCAUGCCACCAAAAGACAAACGUCAAACACUAAUGUUUAGUGCCACUUUUCCUGAUGAAGUUCAGAGGCUGGCUGGUGAAUUUUUGAAAACUGAUUAUUUGUUUAUUGUUGUUGGACACGUGGGUGGAGCUUGCAGUGAUGUUCAGCAAAAUAUUCUUCAGGUUCCUCAGUAUUCCAAGAGGGAUAAACUGGUAGAAAUUCUACAAAGCAUAGGUCAUGAACGAACCAUGGUGUUUGUGGACAAAAAGAAAAAAGCAGACUACAUUGCAGCCUUUCUUUGUCAAGAAAAAAUACCAGCCACUAGCAUCCAUGGAGAUAGAGAACAGAGAGAGAGAGAAGUAGCUCUUCAGGAUUUUCGUUCUGGAAAAUUUCCAGUUCUCGUGGCAACUUCAGUGGCAGCAAGAGGUCUGGAUAUUGAAAACGUCCAACACGUUAUUAAUUUUGAUCUUCCUUCCACCAUUGAAGAGUAUGUACACCGAAUUGGACGAACUGGUCGUUGUGGAAAUACAGGCAAAGCAGUUUCCUUCUUUGAUAACAGUUCAGAUGGCCAUCUUGCACAAUCUCUAGUUAAAGUGCUUUCAGAUGCCCAGCAGGAAGUUCCUGUUUGGUUGGAAGAAACUGCUUUUGGUUUUCAAGGAGAAAGAGUUUUUAGAUCAGUUAAUACCCAAAAGAAUUGCGGAGGCAACAUGAACCCAGGAGUGAAGAUGUCAUAUUCUGCAAGGACAUUUGAGUCAUGGGAUUAAAACUACUCUAGUACCAAACUAAAUUCUAUUCUGUUGUGCUUUAAGUGAACUGUUGCACUUAAUGCUCCUUACUGUUGACCUUAUGGAAUGCUUAAUGUUUAAAAGAGUAGCUCAUAUCAUAUGCUAAAGCUUUCAGUAAUGUAUGUGUAAUCUGUUCUGAUGAACCCAGUGAUGAUUAUCAUUUAAUGCAGGGUAUCAAAAGCAACUUUCUUAGGAGACACUUCAGGUAGUAAGUGUUAAAACUUUGUGUUUGAUGCUUGGUAGCUAGUAUGCUGCUGUAAAAAGAUGGGAGUUUUGCAAGUGGGAAGUAGUAGAGCCCUUGAACUUAUUACUUUGUUACCAAAAUUUUGCAUGGGAAGAUCACUUUUUGGUCAUUUUGCAUUGUGAAGACCUAGUUUGGGAAAGAGCUUUAUGAAAGGGCUCAUCUAAACUUAAUGUUCGUUCCUUUUUGUAACAAGUCAGUUAUAAAAUUUGAAUCUAAUGCGAUGACUUUUGAGAUUAAGGAUCUGUUAAAUAUCUUGUAAACAGUUACUUAAUAAAAGCUUGAGGAGUGCAUAUUGAUGGUUGCUUCUACAUCAGGUAUACAAAAAAGCAUCUGUCAUUGCAGUUUCAUGAACUGGUAUUAUUUUGACAUGCAUGGAACAUGUGCAUCUCCAUAUGGAACUAAAGGUCAGUGGCUAUGUCUGCAACUUAGUGGAAAGACAUGUUUUUACAGAGCUGUCUUCAGAGAACAGUGGAGCCCUGUGUUGCUUCUAGUAUGAUGUUUUUGCCUUUGGCAGACAUAACUACUCUUCUGUUACCUCUUGUGCAAAAGUUUGCUUUAGAACAAGCUUGGUGGCUCAUGUCCGAAAGAGUUUUGCAGACUUGUAGAAGCUAUAGAGGGUAAGUAGCCAUUAACAGUUCAAGAAGAUUUUCUUAAAGUUGCUUUUUCUUUGAAUUUUUUUUUUAUUUACCAGUAUUGUAUGCUACAAAGAUGCAUAUCAUUGUGUCCCAAAGGAAAAUGGUAAAGUAAUUAUAAUUUGUAAUGUCUUGCACAGCUGCACAAGCUUACAAUCUUACCAUUUUCUCUGGUAUUUAGCACACAGU